UUAUAAUAUUUUUUCAAUAGUAAUAAUUCUGAUGAAACCAAAAGUAUAAUAUUUUUUUUUAAUUUCAGGAAGAAACGAAAUUUAUGAGUCCAAAUGGUUUGCAUGGGAUAGCCUAAAAUUUCUAGAUGACCCAGAAGAGCUACAAGAAACAUUGUCCAAUCAUCCUGCUUCAUCCGACAUCAUAGAAGUUGAUGAAGAAACUACUGACAAUACAGACCGAAUUGUUGAGGACCAAAAUCCUAUUUCUUCGCAAAAAAAAUUUUUGUCACCACAUAAAAAUGCUCCGAAAAGAAAAAAAAACGAGGACCCUCGUAUACAAGAGGCCUACGAUAUUUUAAAAAGCAGAACAGCCACUCAGAGUAAAGAUGAAUGCUCAAUGUUUGCUGACUUUAUCGCACAAAAAAUGCGAAAGUUUAGCCCUCAUACGAGAGCUGUUUUGCAACAUCAAAUACAUAAUCUUAUUUUCCAAGCUGAACUGGACUCUUUACCAAUUUCCCCUCAGGUGUUAUCACCAUCCCAACAAACAUUUCAACCUUCAACAUCUAUUUGUCAAAACUUUCGUACUUAUAAUUCACUACCGUCUCCUUCUUCGUCAAUAUCAUCAGUAGGACCUCCAUCUUGUACUCCAUCACCACUUCAAUGUCCUCAAAGUAAUAUACAACAAUAUAAUGAACAUGCACCACAACAAUCAUCCAGUGAGCACUCGAGCACCCAUAGCCAGGAAGUGCCACCCGACCACCAGGAGAUUACGUCCGAGAAUUCACUCAUCUUUCAAGUCAAUUCAAGCCAACAAACUGCUAACCAGCUAACUACAGCUACCUACUUCUCGAAAUAUGAUGAAAUAUGA